GACAAAGUUUCGUUCAACUGACCACUAAAUGUCUCACUGACCGCUGGAUUACUGGACUACUGCUCAACUUCACAUGUUUUAAGUGUUCCGCGCGAGCGAGGAAGUGUUGCGUGGAAUAUUGUGGUCACUCCCCUGAAACAUCAAACACUAUUAAUACUGUGUUGAGCUGAAUUCAUCAUUAGAGACAUUGACACCAAACAUGAAGAUCAUCGGGACACUGUUGGCUUUACUGAUGUGCCUUAGAGCUUCAGCUGCAGAUUCCAGUGGAAUCUGUGAACCGAGUUAUGUACCUGGAAAUGGCAAUGAUUGGAUCGUCCUAAAGGGAAUGACGACAGGCUGCUCGACAGACUUCAUCACUCAGGACGGGUUGCAAGUUCACAUCCUUAAUCUGCUGUUCUCACCAGAAAAUUUAAUGGCAUUCUCCCUCAACGUAACUGCAGCAAACCCCUCCAUUCUGAUCAUCACCUCCACCAGCGCACAAACCAUCCAAAUCGUGCUUUAUGAUAAUCCAGCAGUGAGCCUCUAUGUUACAAAUGGAACUUCAGUAAAUUUUCUCCCAAGAGGUCCUGUACAGACACAGGUUGCCCCGUCCACAAAGGGAGAUGCUGAACUUCUGCAAUGGGCAACAGAUGAGUUUAGAGGAGUCACAUCCUUUACCACUGUGCGAGACCCCAAAACCAUCACUUUCACAGGCAUGAAGGGUUCACAUCUACCCUCCAGUUGUGAGCUGAAGUCGGAGCUGGCAGCAGAAAAAGACUUGAUUGAGCUGGACGUGGAUACAUCAUCUAACGAUCUGAAAUCAUGUUAUGUGGAGGAUUCUGGAGAAGAAGUGCACAUUAUCAAUAUUCCAGAUGAUAUCAGAAUAAGGCACGUGUCUGUGCAUUUGCCACCAGACUCUAAAGUGCUCUUGAGAGGUCCACCACACACUCAGUGGACAAUCCAUGCAAAUUAUGACAUCAAAUUACUGUCUAAUAAUCAUGUAUUCUUUAAUAACCUGACGAUGAAUCGGACGACUGCGAUCUCAGAUGAUGCUGCAGACAUCAUGCAGAAGGUCUUUUCAUACUUCAACAGCAGAUCAGUCACCAGUUACUCUGAGAUCCGUCUGAACAUCUCUGCAGUCCAUCUGAGGAUUGGAAGUAACAUGAGCCAUGCAGAUCCAUCAAUAGUAUCAGAAAUUGAGGACACCACCUCAGCUCCCAGUUCUUCAUCGGUUCCUAUUCAGAUGCAGCUGUUCUUGUCUCCAGACUAUAAAUCACCUCUGGAUCCCAGCAGCAAAGUUUACAGUGACAAGAUGGUCUAUGCAGAGAUCUCUUAUCAAACGUAUGGAGGGAUUUACUUCAGCAUUAAAGUGAUCAGCUGUCGAGUGCGCUCUAUGGCACUGGAGAGGAACAUGCCUUUUAAAGUGGAGACAUGUGUCAAAAAAGACUGUCCCAAGAGACUUAGUUUCUCCUUUGAGCUGCUUCAAGAACUUCCAUCCACCUCGUGGGAACUGGAGUGUGCAGUUCAGCUCUGUUACGAUGGGAUCGGGUUUUGUCAGAAAGAAACAAGUGUCAAGAGGAACUUGCAGGUCAUCAAGUCUUAUAUACCAAGCACAAAUCAGUGUUUUGAUUUUGGACUCUCGGCUGUUCUGGGAAUCGCAUUUGGAGGAUUCAUGAUCGGAGUUCUGCUCACCGGAGCUCUAUGGUUCAUUAAAAUACGCACAGGUCAUGCAGCGUCUUUGAGAUCAACCGCAGCCGACCUCUCAGUUCUCUCGAUAUCAGGAUGCCCGUGUGGUCUGACCAAACGUCAGCCCGUGCCCACCCACCCAUCACCCUCUGAGAACAGCAGUGCCAACGCCAGCAUUGGCAGCACCCAGAGCACACCCACCAGCAGCAUGGCGUAAUGCCCAUCUCUCUUUCUCGAACCCGUUUCACUCCAAAUAUCCCACACGAGAGAAAUUGAGAGACAUUCUUUGUACCUUGCACUUCUCCAUUCAAUCUUCAGUGACGGGAAGUCAGCAGGGACAAUGAAAAAAAAAAGAAACCUUGGCUCCCAGUAACAGGAAAAACAAAGCAUAACCCCCAGGAACUAACAGGAAAUUCGUCGCAUUCUUGUGCCUGCGCCUCUCUGAUGUAGGCAAAAUAAGUAUAAAAAAAAAGAAAGACAAGCGGCGCGUCGACUCAGUGACGCAUCAGUGCUUUCAAAUGUAGCUAAUUACAGCUCAAGGACACGUUACCCAGUCGUAUUCACUGCUCCGGCGACCAAACUAAUGUCAACAAACGCCUCAAACAAACACAUUGGACUGAAACAAACAAUGAAUCAGAAUAUUGUACAAGAUCUAUAAAUAGAAUAGGAAUGAAAUUGAAAACAUGUAUUUUUCAGAAUUCUUACUGUAAAAGUCUCACUUGGGACAUUUUGGGAAAAGGCUACCUCUGAGUCUUGGUGAUGUAGAAUUGUUAAAUAUUUUUUGACUGAGUGGAUCUAGAAAACUAGAAACCGUGGUCUCAACGAUCAGUUUCCUACGGAGCCCCUUAGAUGACAGGAAGGGAAUUUAUUUUAUAACAUAGUUUUGCGUUCCCUCACAAUUAUAUUUUUUAUUUGGUUUUCAAAACCAUGGUUUCCACCAAAAAAACAUGCCCUUAUAAAAAGUAACCAUGAUUUCACUAGUAAACCUGCAGUAACCAUGUAACCAUUAUAUUUAUUUUAUUUUUUGGCCACAAUUAACACAACUUAGCCAUGCCUUUACUAUAGUAAAACUAUAGUAACUAUAGUAUGUAUAUAUAUAUAUAUAUGUAUAUAUAUAUAUAUAUAUAUAUAUAUAUUUUUUUUUUUUUUUUUUUUUUUGCAGGAUGAUUUUAAUUUCUUUCAGCAUACUUUUGGUUUUCUGGUAUUUUUUAUAGCUUUACUUCAAAUAUCAUGGUUAAAAUAUGGUUACUGUAGUAAAAACCAUAAUAUAUUUUGUGGUUAUAUUUUUAUUACAAAUACCAUAGUUGAAUGAGGGAUGGAUAAAGCUAUUUUGAGGGAAUACAAAACUUUUUGUGUAAGAACGCAAAACUAUUGCAAAGAAGUGCAAAAGUAUUUAAUAAAUUCCCUCCCUGCCCUCAAAGGGGCUCCAUAGUUUUCCUAUUAACUUUUGUUCUUUACAUCUCACAAAAAUCACAAAUAAAUUGAAGCAUAUUAGGACCAUUUUUCCAUAGUGACUUUUUUAAUGACAAUUAAACAAAUUAAUGCAAGAUAGAAAAAUAAAAAUAUGUCAAAUGUGUAGUAUUUAUACAUCAUGGUAAUAGUUGUUGUAAUGCCUUUCAUUUAUUUUGAUUUGAAAUAAAUAAAUACAUUUAUUACAGUAAUUUUUGAUGUGCAGUUAAAAAUAGCUAAAUUAUGAUCACUAAAAAUAAAGGGGAUUGCAAAAAAAAAAAAAUGGGGUGCUUAAUUAUCAUGAAAAUAAUGUCACUAUACAAUUAAUAGUAGUUCUAAAUUUAGGCUUAAUUUUCUUUAUGCACAUAAAAUAUUACAAACACACACAGAUUAUAUAUAUAGUACAGUACUGUGCAAAUCUUUUAGGAACUUGUGAAAAAUAGUUUUCAUCUAUCAAUUAAUGUCAUACAAAGUACAGUAAACAUUCCAUUCCAUUCUCCAGGUACACCUGGACAGUUUUCUUUGGUUGUUGGCAGAUGGGAUGUUCCAAGCUUCUUGGAGAACCUGCCACAGUUCUUCUAUCUAUUUAGGCUGUCUCAAUUGCUUCUGCCUCGUCAUGUAAUCCCAGACUGAUUCAAUGAUGUUCAGAUCCGGGCUGUGCGGGGGUCAUACCAUCUGUUGCAGGACUCCUUGUUCUUCUUCUAUUCAAUUCUAUUUGCAAAGGGAACGGUGAAAUCUAAAAUUGAUCUUUCCUUCUGAUACAAAAAAAAAGCAGAAUAUUUAAAAUAACCAUCUUAUGACAAAUGUUUUAUUGUGUGAAACAUAUAAUGCACCUUAGACUUUUGCACAGUACUGUACAUAUUCCAUUUGAUUUUGGGGUAAAAUGUGACCUGGACAUACUUUCAUUGGAUUCACCCAAUGUCACAAGAUGAAAAGCAAUUAUAGCAUGGUGUUGCAUUUGUAAUAUUGCUCUUUGUGUAUUCUAAUAUAUUCAGUUUUUAUUAGGUGGUAAGUUUUAGUAAGCCUACAGUAAUUGAUUAGAGACAAGUAAUUAAUCUGCCCAAUUAUGUGAGUGUAAUGUAUGUGUGGACAGGGAAACCACAGUGAACAUGUCUUUUACAUUAUGUAUAAAAGAUUUUUUACUAUAUUCUUAUUUUCCCAAUGUGCAUUUUUUAUUUUAAUUUUUACCUCAAAAGAAACCUCAUAUUACAGUUUUCUGUUUAGUCGAAAGCAGGAAUUUCCACAACAGAAUACAACAUUUGAAUAUUGGAAGUCAUAGACAAUUAAAUGUUUUCAGAAAACAAGCAUAAUCAAGAGCAACUUUCUUAUGAUGUAGCUUAUUUUACGACAGUUGAUUUCAUACGAAUUUAUUCAUGUAUUUGUAGAUUAUUUUUAUUUUCUGUAUGUGUGUGUGUUUGUGUGUGUGUAUGUGUGUGUGUGUGUGUGUGUGUGCGCAGGUUUAAGUGGUUUACGAGGACUUUUUUUAGGUUACAAACUGGUAAUUACAAGGGCAUUAUGCUAUAAAUGUGGUUUAUGAAGACAUUUCUAGUGUCCCCAUAAUUCAAAUCACUUAAAAAACAUACUAAAUUAUGUUUUAUUGAAAAUGUAAAAAUGCAGAAAGUUUUUUGUGAGGGUUAGGUUUAGGGGUAGGGUUAGGGUUAGGGGAUAUAAUCUAUAAUUCAUUCAGUAUAAAAAUCAUUAUGUCUAUGGAGAGUCCUCAUAAUGAUAGCUGCACCAACAUGUAUGUUUGUGUGUAUGUAUGUUUGUGUGUGUGUGUGUGUGUGUGUGACAGAAGAACAAGAGACAAGACAAAGUUAGUUAAAAGAAAUAGUUCAGACCAAAAUAAAUCAUAAUUCAAAAAUGAUUCAAAUAAUUCAUAAAUCCAAUUGCUUUGGUGGCUGAACUAUUCUUUAAACAUGAGAUGGAUGUGAAAAAGAAAGAAAAAUGCCACUUGAGCAUUUGUGCAAUAUCUGUGGUAUUCUUUUAUAAUGUCAAUGUAAUUUUUGUCUCUUUAUGUAAAUUGUUUUUAAUACUGCACUCGUUAUAUCAACUCAACAUUUGUAUUGCAUAUUCUGUUUUCUCUGGAGUGUUACCUUUUAAAGCACUUACUGACUGUAUGUUUAUUAUUUGAAUUCAUAUUUGUUCAGUUCUUACCCUUUGAGCAAGUACUCUAAUCAAAUGUUUUAUACUUUAAAUUAAAUCAUGAUCAUUAAUAA